CGGAGUCCGGGCCGGGGGCGGCAGGAUGAGGCGCGGGAGACCCCCCUGGGGCGGCUGGGCCGGGGAAUUCCCGGCCCCAGAAUUCAAGCUGCUGGAGUCUCCCGGCCGCCUCCAAACCGGCUCCCUGCUCUCCCCGUCGCCGAAAGAAGGAAAGAAAACGCCAGCGCCGUCUCCCGAAGGCGGCCGCGGUCCGGGGCGCCCGGCCCGCGGCCUGCCCGCUGGCUGCCUCUUCCUGGAAGGGAACUGGAAGCAGGCAGCCCUACGGACCCGCGAGAUGAGGAAAGGUGCCCGGCCGUUCUCCGCCGUCGCCCACCUGGCCGGCGGAGGAGGCCCCAACCAACCACCGACCGAAUUCUCCUCUGCGUUCGGGCUGAAAUCCUGCCAGGAGAAAAUCCAGAUGCCAAGCCUCCUCCCUCAAGUCCCGACUUCUCGGGGGCGUAAAGGGCCACUCAGGGAGGCUGCUCUGACCCUGACGACCAGCCAGUCCGAGGGAGAGGAGUCCCGCUGCCCCCCAACGUUCUCCCUCUGGCCCUCCCCGCCGGCCCCGGAGAAGGAGCUUCUCCGCACGGUGCUGGAUUUCUGCUCAUCUCCACCGUCCGGGAGCAAAGGGACGGCCGGGAAGAGAAGCCGCCUCCUCGAGGGCGACGUGGGGCCGGGAAGGAGAGAGGCCAAGGAGGGCGGCUUCCCGCCCAUCCCGUCCCGGGGGUCAAGGAGGAGCGGAGAAAGGGGAACCGUCCGGACGACGCAGGAACCACUGAACUGUUGCGGCUUCAGAAAUCCUUUCACCGGCGCCCCGCCCAAAUACCUACAGAGGCUCUCCGAAUUAGCCGUCCUGGAAUACGACACCAUCCGGCAAGAAGCCAAGGGGAACCCAGGGAAAGGCGGGAAGCCGGAUCUCCGGGGUUGCUGAGGCCCCGAGCUCCGGGGAGGCCCGCCGACCUCCUCCGGCGCGACGUUCCGGCCACCCCGCUUCGAAUAAAUGCGUUGUUGCAUGUUUAGA